GGGGUGGGAUGGGAUGGAACAGGAUGGAACAGGAAGUACCACUGCUCUCCCCCAUGCAGAGUGUGAUGAGCAUUCCUGGGGGCUGGACUGUGGACAGCGCUGCCCCUGCCACCAUGGGGCCCCCUGUGACCCCCUGAGCGGGGUCUGCUCCUGUCCCCCCGGCUUCACCGACCCCCUGUGCAGCCAGCCGUGCCCACCUGGCACCUACGGGCAGAGCUGUCACCUGCCCUGCCCCUGCCACCACCAGGCCCCCUGCAACGCCUCCACAGGCGCCUGCCUCUGCCCACCGGGGCUGAGCGGCCCCCUCUGCGAGGUGCCCUGCCCUGAGGGGAUGUCCUGUGCCACCCCCUGUCCCUGCCAGAACGGGGGCAUCUGCCACCCCUCCAGCAGCAGCACCUGCGUCUGCCCUCACGGAUGGAUGGGGGAGAUCUGCUCCGUGCCGUGCCCCCCCGGGCGCUUUGGGCCCGGCUGCCAGGGCGAGUGUCGCUGCCACAACGGGGGGCACUGUGACCCCCACGGGGGACAGUGCCAGUGCAGCCCUGGCUUCACUGGAGAGCAGUGAGGGCGGAACUGGGCACGGGCUGGGGGAAAAGAUGGGCAUGGGGGU